AUGCAUCCCCAUUUGCACACAAAAGACAACAUUGAGUGCGAGGACGUCAUGAACGCCCUCGAAGAGUGCCACGCGCGCGGCUUCCUCUACAAGUCCCUCGGCAACUGCAACACGGCCAAGCAGCACGUCAGCGACUGCCUCAAGGUGGCGCGCAUGAAGCGCCUCGACGCCAACCGCGCGGCGGGCAAGGCGAAGCGGGACGAGAAGGCGCGCAAGAUUGCCGAGAUCAACAAGGAGCUGGGCCUCGACUAG